AUGGCCGUCCCUCUACCACCGCAAUGGGUCGUUGACCUAAACGCCCCUCCAACCGCCAAACCAAAGACGUCGACCAUUCCCGACCCACCAGGCUACACUGCCCCGACCACCGUCACCACUUCCAAGUCGUCCAAGAACGCCGUCGCUCAGACAUCUGCUCGCAAGGCCCCUACCGCAGAAGAGAUGGACACUUUGAAGCUCAAGAAGGCCUGGGAGGUUGCCAUCGCUCCAGCCAAGCAGCUGCCCAUGAACGCUUUCGGCAUGUACAUGUCGGGCAACAGUCUCCAGAUCUUCAGUAUCAUGAUGGUCUUCAUGCUGUUCAAGGGUCCUAUCCAGGCCCUCAUCAACAUCCAGAGCGUAUUUGCUCGCUUCGAGUCUGAAGGCACCCGCGACCGCCUGAUCAUGGUCAAGCUUGCCUACGUCGCAUGCAACUUCCUGGCCUUGGCUCUUGGUAUCUGGAAAGUGAACGGCAUGGGUCUGUUGCCGUAUGUUUUCUUCUCCUAUGGUCUUUCCUUGCUAAUGUGA